CUCGUAAAAGAAGAAUGAGUGGCGGCAGUUUAUAUUUCUUGCCGCCACCAGUGGUGGUGAAGGCGAUGGCGAUGUCCGUAAUGAUGACCUGUUUGGGCGGCACUGCGGAGGGCAAUGGCCAAAUGAUGACGAUAAGCAGUACGCCUUGCACUGCCACAAUACUUAACGGUAUCACCCCUUGCUUCAGCUUCAUCGUCGGCAGCGCCGCCAGUAACGGUUCAUUGUCGUCGACUCGUCGGCACAAAGAAUGCUGCAACGCACUAAAGUCGAUGGUGACUGAGGCGUUGGAAUGUGCGUGCCUCAUCGCCACCGGAAACGUCCCCUUUUCCAUACCCUCCGUCCGCAUUCCUCUCCAGCAAUGUAAUGCUGGUGUGCCACUGCAGUGCAAAGGCUCUGGUGUCCCUUUACCAGCACCAGGAUUGAAGCCUCUACUAUAUAUUGAUGUAACCUCUACACAAUUAUUCAAUGAAAAUAUUUCUUCUUCAUGGUAUCGGAGCCACAAAACCCUAAACCCUAACCUCCUCCACUCUCUCUCUCUCGGCCCUGCUCGCCGCCAGCACCGCCUCCCCUCGGCGGCCUUCUCUCCCGGCGACGCUGCUUCCCUCCCGGCGGCCCUCUCUCUUCCCCUCUCUCCAUGGCCGAAAAUAGUGAGUCUCUCACAACCAAACUACAAAAAAUGGAGUCGUCUGUUCCUCCUCCUCGUUCGGCGAUUUAACCUUCAGGGAUACCUCUAUGGAUCCGUCGUCCCCCUCUCCGACGACGAUGACGAAUGGUGCCAGCUCGAUGCCCUUCUCCAGGGUUGGAUUCUCUCCACCAUCACCGACGAAGUUUCAGAUCUGGUAAUCUCUUCUCUCACCACUGCUUCUGCUCUCUGGAAGGUCAUUCACGACCUAUUUCACGACAACAAACAUGCCCGGGCCAUGCAGUUGGAGCAUGAAUUCCGCACCACUGUUAAGGGCUCCACCUCCAUGGCGGCCUAUUGUCAACAACUCCAAAAUCUUUCCGAUUGGUUAGAUGAUGUCGAUGCACCGGUCUCUCAGCACCAACUAGUCCUCCAGAUGCUCCGAGGGCUUCCCGCAGAUCUUCAGGCUCAAACCUCGUUCAUGCAGUUUCAGGAUCCUAUGCCGAAUUUUCUUCAGGUUCGAUCGGCUCUCAUGCUUUUAGAUCGCCAACGGUCAAACCCCGUUGACCCCGGCACCUCGGCCUUGCUCACCACCCGGGCCGGCGGCCAACUCCACGGCGGGACACACGGUGGCAGCGGCGGCUAUGGUGGAUCGCACGGCGGCAGCGGCUACGGUGAAGGGAACCCAGGACAGCGCGGAGGCUAUGGACGUGGCGCCAAACCAACCCAAUCGGGUAGUGGGAACAAGCCCCAUUCAAAAGGUCACGAAUCCAUCGCGACAACUCCAAUCAAGCGUCUCACCUGUGCUGAACGGAUAGAGAAGGAUGCUAAAGGACUCUGCAAAAAUUGUGACCAAAAGUGUCAUAAAGGGCAUAAGUGUAGGAGAUUUAUUCUGAACAUGGGGGACGACGAAGCAGAAGAGGAAGGCGGUGACCUAGAGGAAGAGCUAGAAGUGGUGGCUAACAUAUCAAGCCUCAAUAGCCUAGCGGGUCUCACCACACCCCGCUCCUUACAGCUAACGGGACGCGGAACACCUUUCACAGUGGAUCUAUACGUUCUUCAAAUUCAUCGGCAUGAUAUGGUCCUCGGAGUUCAAUGGCAUAGGUUGCUGGGACGCGUCUUGCACAACUACGACAAGGUUACUAUGGAGUUCACAUGGGGCGAGCAGCAGGUCAUGUUGCAUGGCCAUACCCCGGCUCCCAAACCGAAGACCUAUAUUGCACCAUCUAAGAGCCCUGCAUGCAAAACAGGAAGUUUGUGGCAGUGUCAUCCUCAUUGUUGUCUAGGCAUGGACAGCGGCGGACGAGCAGCCCGGCAUGGGAGAGACAUCGGGGAGACAACAUAUCGGCUGAAGUUACUGGAGGGCUCAAGGAUUCACCCUGUCUUUCAUGUAUCUAUGUUGCGGCCGUACUAUGGGAGCUCACCAAACCGGGACCAAAUUGCUUUACUGAAAGAGUUUGUGCAUGGGCAGCUGCUGUCCGAGCCUGUGCGCAUACCUGCCACUCGACAUGUGUUGGUGCGAGGAAGGCCAGAGAACCAAUAUCUCGUGGAUUGGUCUGAUGAGGGAUGUGGUGAUCCCACGUGGGAGCCGUACGACAGAAUUCAACGUCAUUUCCCAACACGACACCUUGAGGACAAGGUGGUAUCUCAAGCGGAGGGGAAUGAUACGAGUGAGCCAGGUGAGGACCAGAUUGGGGGACGGAGUAUUAGCAAGGAAAAAUCCAAAUGGGUUAGGGCUUUGGAAAAUGGGGACUCGGCCAAAGAAGAUGGCAACACACGAGGAAAGCUCCAGGAUGGCAUGGAGACUAUGUUCUAAAGUGAGACCUAAUUAUACAUUAUUUAUUUAUCCCUUUAUAUUUACGCGUAAUAGAUUUUUCUUCGGAGAGCGGAAUUAUAAGCUCCUUCGAGGGUUUCUUUACGGUUCUUUACCUCGUCGCUUUUCUUUGAACCGUCAGGAUAGAAAACCUAGUUUUAGUAGGAUUGAGGUUUCUCUCCAACCUAUAAAUAGAGGAUGUACUU